AUGCCCUGCGACCCAGAGGUGUCCACUCGAGAGCGGACAGGCUUGGAAGUCCUGGACGGUAACCUCGAGAAUAUCUACCCGGAGCCUUUCAACGAAAGCUUCCCCGCGCUUCCUCCUACUCCAUCAAGUCCUUCGAGCCCUCCAUGCCCUCCGGGUGGGGGCUCGAAGCCCGUGCUGAGCUCACCCAACUCGCACGUGAACUUGUCCAGAAGCUCUUCGGCCGCGAGCGACCCGAAGCUGGGCCGAGCCUCGACCCGGACAAGCGUGGCAUUCCAGGAAGAGCAAGUCUUGGCCUUGUUCCAGAAGUUUGACGCCAACAGGGACAACUGCGUGAGCCAUGAGGAGCUGCGAUCUGUGCUGCAGCAGCUUGCCGACCCCUCCGACGUCCGGGGCGAGCGCUUUGAGGAGCUGCUCAGGCAGAUCGACACCGACGGUGAUGGCUUCAUCCAGCUUGAGGAGUUCAUGGCCUGGUGCUUUGCCAGCGGCGACGCGUGGAAGCGACUUCGCUGGACGUGUUUUCACGUUGUGCAUAACGAAGUUUCGCGGAACUCCACGUCGGGAAAGCUGGUGGCGAGGAACAAGAAUCGCUUGUCCCACUUCCACUGGCUCCACGAGAUUCUCUCCAUGAUUGUGGAGAAGAAGUGCAAGGGAGUGGCAACCUGCGUCGAGACCCGUCGACGCGGCACGCCGCUCUUUGUGGUAGCAGGCGUGUGCCCCAACAGCCUCUGUGGUAUGCAGGCCGUCAUGUACUGCAAGUUCGACAAAGAUGUGGACUUCUGGUGGAUCAAGCCAAAGGUCGACAAGCCGGAUCAGCUAGAGCGAAACACCCUGGACCUGCACAAGGAGGGUAAAUACCGGAACGCGUCGGGAAAGUCGCGAGCCUUGUACCUGCCGCUGGCAGAGAAGUUUGUGGGAACCAAAGAAGGCUCCUUUGAGUUCGGUGUGGACGACGCGGGUCGGGCUUUUAUUGAUGAGACAACUGCGACUGGCUGCUGUCGGAUGCUGCUUUACCUCGUGUGGCAGGAGAACUGGAGUAGCUUCUUCGCAUACAACAAGUUCAUCGAGGGGAAGCUGAUCUACCAGCGCGGAAAGCCUUGGCAAUGCCCCGACGGCCAGGCCACAAGCUCCGCUCCCUUCUUCGCUCGCCAGUAUCGCCUCGAAGGUGGUGGCCUGUCGAUCGCAGGGGUCGAGACGGAGGAGACAGUUCUGACACUGCUGCCGCCCGACGUUUGCCAGGAGAUGUUUUCCAUGUGA